CCCCACUAGGACUGUGCUAUGAACAUGGGGUUUCCCGGGUGCCUCCUGCUCCCAGCUGGGCACCCGCUUGGCAGGAGCUCGGCUGCCUGCACUGGAGCCGGGAACACAAGGAUCCCCAUCCUCCUGGCCUGGCUUUGGGCUUCCAUGACAGGAUUCCCCAUGACAGACUCAGGCAUCCCAGAACUAACUCAGCUCCGAUUGGUGAACGGUUCAAGUCGCUGCAGUGGGAGAGUCGAGGUGCUUCACAACCAGCAGUGGGGAACCGUGUGUGAUGACAACUGGGAUUUAACUGAUGCUGGAGUCGUGUGCAGGCAGCUGGGCUGUGGGACGGCGUUAUCAGCCCCAGGAGGGGCUCGAUUUGGGCGAGGAUCAGACCCUAUCUGGCUGGAUGAUGUCAACUGCGCAGGGACAGAAGCUGCCCUCUCCAGUUGCAGGGCUCGGCCUUGGGGAGAGAAUAAUUGUAACCACAGAGAAGAUGCUGGUGUUGUGUGCUCAGACGCUGGUAUCUCAGAACUGGCUCAGCUCCGACUGGUGAACGGCCCGAGUCGCUGCGCUGGGAGGGUCGAAGUACUUCACAACCAGUUGUGGGGAACCGUGUGUGAUGACAGCUGGGACUUACAGGAUGCCAGAGUUGUGUGCAGGCAGCUGGGCUGUGGGACGGUGCUAUCAGCCCCAGGAGGGGCUCACUUUGGGCAAGGAUCUGACCGUAUCUGGCUGGAUGACGUCAACUGCGCAGGGACAGAAGUUGCUCUCUCCAAUUGCAGGGCUCGGCCAUGGGGAGAGAAUAACUGUAACCACAGAGAAGAUGCUGGUGUUGUGUGCUCAGACGCUGGCAUCUCAGAAGUGGCUCAGCUCCGACUGGCGAAUGGCCCAAGUCGCUGCGCUGGGAGAGUCGAGGUGCUUCACAACCAGCAGUGGGGAACCGUGUGUGAUGACAGCUGGGACUUACAGGAUGCCAGAGUUGUGUGCAGGCAGCUGGGCUGUGGGACGGCGUUAUCAGCCCCAGGAGGGGCUCGAUUUGGGCGAGGGUCAGACCAUAUCUGGCUGGAUGACAUCAACUGCGCAGGGACAGAAGCUGCCCUCUCCAAUUGCAGGGCUCGGCCUUGGGGAGAGAAUAACUGUAACCAUGGAGAAGAUGCCGGUGUUGUGUGCUCAGAUGCCGACAUCUCAGAAGUGGCUCAAAUCCGACUGGUGAACAGCAGGAGUCACUGCGCUGGGAGAGUUGAGGUGCUUCACAACCAGCAGUGGGGAACCGUGUGUGAUGACAGCUGGGACUUACAGGAUGCCAGAGUUGUGUGCAGGCAGCUGGGCUGUGGGACGGUGCUAUCAGCCCCAGGAGGGGCUCGAUUUGGGCAAGGGUCAGACCAUAUCUGGCUGGAUGACAUCAACUGUGCAGGGACAGAAUCUGCCCUCUCCAAUUGCAGGGCUCGGCCUUGGGGAGAGAAUAACUGUACCCACGGAGAAGAUGCCGGUGUUGUGUGCUCAGACUCUGGAAUCUCAGAAGUGGCUCAGCUCCGACUGGUGAACGGCCCGAGUCACUGCGCUGGGAGGGUCGAGAUGCUUCACAAUCAGCAGUGGGGAACCAUGUGUGAUGACAGCUGGGACUUACAGGAUGCUGGAGUCGUGUGCAGGCAGCUGGGCUGUGGGACAGCAUUAUCAGCCCCAGGAGAGGCUCGAUUUGGGCAAGGAUCUGACCAUAUCUGGCUGAAUGACGUCAACUGCACAGGGACAGAAGCUGUGCUCUCCGAUUGCAGGGCUCGGCCUUGGGGACAGAAUAACUGUACCCACAGAGAAGAUGCCGGUGUUGUGUGCUCAGACGCUGGCAUCUCGGAAGUGGCUGAACUCCGACUGGUGAAUGGCCCAAGUCGCUGCGCUGGGAGGGUCGAAGUGCUUCACAAUCAGCAGUGGGGAACCUUGUGUGAUGACAGUUGGGACUUACAGGAUGCCGGAGUCAUAUGCAGACAGCUGGGCUGUGGGACGGCGUUAUCAGCCCCAGGAGGGGCUCGAUUUGGGCGAGGGACAGACCGUAUCUGGUUGGAUGACAUCAACUGCACAGGGACAGAAGUUGCCCUCUCUGAUUGCAGGGCUCGGCCUUGGGGAGAGAAUGACUGUACCCAUGGAGAAGAUGCCAGUGUUGUGUGCUCAGACGCUGGCAUCUCAGAAGUGGCUCAGAUCCGACUGGUGAACAGCAGGAGUCACUGUGCUGGGAGGGUCGAGGUGCUUCGCAACCAGCAGUGGGGAACUGUGUGUGAUGACAGCUGGGACUUACAGGAUGCCGGAGUCGUAUGCAGGCAGCUGGGCUGUGGGACGGCAUUAUCAGCACCAAGAGGGGCUCGAUUUGGGCAAGGAUCUGAUCGUAUCUGGCUGGAUGACGUGAACUGCGCAGGGACAGAAGUUGCCCUCUCCGAUUGCAGGGCUCAGCCUUGGGGAGUGAAUAACUGUACCCAUGGAGAAGAUGCCGGUGUUGUGUGCUCAGACGCUGGCAUCUCAGAAGUGGCUCAGCUCCGACUGGUGAACAGCCCAAGUCACUGCGCUGGGAGGGUCGAGGUGCUUCACAACCAGAAGUGGGGAUCCGUGUGUGAUGACAGCUGGGACUUAGAGGAUGCCAGAGUCGUGUGCAGGCAGCUGGGCUGUGGGACGGCGUUAUCAGCCCCAGGAGGGGCUCGAUUUGGGCAAGGAUCUGACCGUAUCUGGCUGGAUGACAUCAACUGCACAGGGACAGAAGUUGCCAUCUCCGAUUGCAGGGCUCGGCCCUGGGGAGAGAAUAACUGUACCCACAGAGAAGAUGCCGGUGUUGUGUGCUCAGACGCUGGCAUCUCAGAAGUGGCUCAGCUCCGACUGGUGAACGGGCCGAGUCACUGCGCUGGGAGGGUUCAGGUGCUUCACAACCAGAAGUGGGGAACCGUGUGUGAUGACGACUGGGAGUUACAGGAUGCCGGAGUUGUGUGCAGGCAGCUGGGCUGUGGGACGGCGUUAUCAGCCCCAGGAGGGGCUCGAUUUGGGCAAGGAUCUGACCAUAUCUGGCUGGAUGACGUCAACUGCACAGGGACAGAAGUUGCCCUCACCGAUUGCAGGGCUAAGCCUUGGGGAGAGAAUAACUGUACCCACAGAGAAGAUGCCGGUGUUGUGUGCUCAGACGCUGGCAUCUCAGAGGUGGCUCAGAUCCGACUGGUGAACAGCAGGAGUCACUGUGCUGGGAGAGUCGAGGUGCUCCGCAAUGAGCAGUGGGGAACCGUGUGUGAUGACAGCUGGGACUUACAGGAUGCCAGAGUUGUGUGCAGGCAGCUGGGCUGUGGGACGGCGCUAUCAGCCCCAGGAGUGGCUCGGUUUGGGCAAGGAUCUGAUAGUAUCUGGCUGGAUAACGUGAACUGCACAGGGAGAGAAGUUGCCCUCUCCGAUUGCAGGGCUCGGCCUUGGGGAGACAAUAACUGUACUCACAGAGAAGAUGCCGGUGUUGUGUGCUCAGACGCUGGCAUCUCAGAAGUGGCUCAGCUCCGACUGGUGAACAGCCCGAGUCGCUGUGCUGGGAGGGUCGAGGUGCUUCACAACCAGAAGUGGGGAACUGUGUGUGAUGACAGCUGGGACUUACAGGAUGCCAGAGUCGUGUGCAGGCAGCUGGGCUGUGGGACGGCGUUAUCAGCCCCAGGAGGGGCUCGAUUUGGAGAAGGAUCAGACCAAAUCUGGCUGGAUGACGUCAACUGCACAGGGACAGAAGUUGCCCUCUCCGAUUGUGGGGCUCGGCCUUGGGGAAACAAUAACUGUAACCACGGAGAAGAUGCCGGUGUUGUGUGCUCAGAUGCUGGCGUUUCAGAAGUGUCUCAGCUCCGAUUGGUGAACGGCCCAAGUCCCUGCGCUGGGAGAGUCGAGGUGCUUCACAACCAGCAGUGGGGAACCGUGUGUGAUGACAGCUGGGAUAUAACUGAGGCCAGAAUCGUGUGCAGGCAGCUGGGCUGUGGGACGGCGCUAUCAGCCCCAGGCAGAGCUCGAUUUGGGCAAGGGUCAGACCAAAUCUGGCUGGAUGAUGUUCACUGCACAGGGACAGAAGCUGCCCUCACUGAGUGCAGGGCUCGGUCUUGGGGAGACAAUAACUGUAACCAUGGAGAAGAUGCCGGUGUUGUGUGCUCAGACUCCGGCAUCUCAGAAGUGGUUCAGCUCCGACUGGUGAAUGGUUCGAGUCGCUGCACUGGGAGAGUCGAGGUGUUUUAUAACAAUAAGUGGGGCACCGUGUGUGAUGACGGCUGGGACUUACAAGAUGCUGGAGUCGUGUGCAGGCAGCUGGGCUGUGGGACGGCGUUAUCAGCCCCACGAGAGGCUCGAUUUGGGCUAGGAUCUGACCAUAUUUGGCUGAAUAAUGUCAACUGCACAGGGACAGAAGCUGUCCUCUCUGACUGCCGGGCUCAGCCUGUGGGAGACAAUAACUGUACCCACGGAGAAGAUGCCGGUGUCGAGUGCUCAGACGCUGGCAUUUCAGAAGUGGCUCAUCUCCGACUGGUGAAUGGCCCGAGUCGCUGCGCUGGGAGGGUCGAGGUGCUUCACAACCAGCACUGGGGAACCGUGUGUGAUGACAACUGGGACUUACGGGAUGCCAGAGUCGUGUGCAGGCAACUGGGCUGUGGGACGGCGUUAUCAGCCCCAGGCGGAGCUCGAUUUGGACGAGGGUCAGACCGAAUCUGGCUGGAUGACGUUCAGUGCACAGGGACAGAAGCUGACCUCACUGAGUGCAGGGCUCGGCCUUGGGGAGCCCAUAACUGUAACCAUGGAGAAGAUGCUGGUGUUGUGUGCUCAGACGCUGGCAUUUCAGAAGUGGCUCAUCUCCGACUGGUGAAUGGCCCGAGUCGCUGCGCUGGGAGGGUCGAGGUGCUUCACAACCAGCUGUGGGGAACCGUGUGUGAUGACAACUGGGACUUACAGGAGGCCAGAGUCGUGUGCAGGCAGCUGGGCUGUGGGACGGCGCUAUCAGCCCCAGGCGGAGCUCGAUUUGGGCGAGGAUCAGAUCGUAUCUGGCUGGAUGACGUUCACUGCACAGGGACAGAAGCUGCCCUCACCCAAUGCAGGGCUCGGCCUUUGGGAGACAAUAACUGUAACCAUGGAGAAGAUGCCGGUGUUGUGUGCUCAGACUCCGGCAUCUCAGAAGUGGCUCAGCUCCGACUGAUGAAUGGUUCGAGUCGCUGCGCUGGGAGAGUCGAAGUGUUUCAUAACAAGAAGUGGGGAACCGUGUGUGAUGACGGCUGGGACUUACAGGAUGCUGGAGUCGUGUGCAGGCAGCUGGGCUGUGGGACGGCGCUAUCAGCCCCAGGAGGGGCUCAAUUUGGGCAAGGAUCUGACAUUAUUUGGCUGAAUCUUGUCAACUGCACAGGGACAGAAGCUGCCCUCUCCGAUUGCAGGGCUCGGCCUGUGGGAGACAAUAACUGUACCCACAGAGAAGAUGCCGGUGUUGAGUGCUCAGACUCUGGCAUCUCCGAAGUGGCUCAGCUCCGACUGGUGAACAGCCCAAGUCGCUGCGCUGGGAGAGUCGAGGUCCUUCACAACCAGCAGUGGGGAACCGUGUGUGAUGACAGCUGGGACUUACAGGAUGCCAGAGUCGUGUGCAGGCAGCUGGGCUGUGGGACGGCGUUAUCAACCCCUGAGAGAGCUCGAUUUGGGCAAGGGUCAGACCGAAUCUGGCUGGAUGACGUUCACUGCACAGGGACAGAAGCUGCCCUCUCUGAUUGCAGUGCUCGGCCUUGGGGAGACAAUAACUGUAACCAUGGAGAAGAUGCCAGUGUUGUGUGCUUAGGGUCCGGCAUCUCAGAAAGGACUCCACUGCGACUCGUGAACGGUUCGCGUCGCUGCGCUGGGAGAGUCGAGGUGUUUCACAACCAUCAGUGGGGAACUGUGUGUGAUGACAGCUGGGACUUACAGGAUGCUGGAGUCGUGUGCAGGCAGCUGGGCUGUGGGACGGCGCUAUCAGCCCCCACCAGGGCUCACUUUGGGCAAGGAUCUGACCAUAUUUGGCUGAAUAAUGUCAACUGCACAGGGACAGAAGUUGCCCUCUCCGAUUGCAGGGCUCGGCCUUGGGGAAACAAUAACUGUACCCAUGGAGAAGAUGCUGGUGUCGAGUGCUCAGAUUCUGGGAUCUCAGAAGUGGCUCAGCUCCGACUGGUGAAUGGCCCGAGUCGCUGCGCUGGGAGGGUCGAGGUGCUUCACAACCAGCAGUGGGGAACCGUGUGUGAUGACAGCUGGGACUUACAGGAUGCCAGAGUCGUGUGCAGGCAGCUGGGCUGUGGGACGGCGUUAUCAGCCCCAGGCGGAGCUCGAUUUGGGCAAGGGUCAGACCGAAUCUGGCUGGAUGACGUUCACUGCACAGGGACAGAAGCUGCCCUCACUGAGUGCAGGGCUCGGCCUUGGGGAGACAAUAACUGUAACCAUGGAGAAGAUGCCAGUGUUGUGUGCUUAGACUCAGACAUUCCAGAGUUGACUCCGCUCCGACUGGUGAACGGUCCGAGUCGCUGUGCUGGGAUGGUCGAGGUGCUUCACAACCAGCUCUGGGGAACCGUGUGUGAUGACAACUGGGACAUAACUGAUGCUGGAGUUGUGUGCAGGCAGCUGGGCUGUGGAACGGCGCUAUCAGCCCCAGGCGGAGCUCGAUUUGGGCAAGGGUCAGACCGAAUCUGGCUGGAUGACGUUCACUGCACAGGGACAGAAGCUGCCCUCACUGAGUGCAGGGCUCGGCCUUGGGGAGACAAUAACUGUAACCACGGAGAAGAUGCCAGUGUUGUGUGCUCAGGCUCAAGCAUCUCAGAAGUGGCUCCGCUCCGAGUGGUGAAUGGCCCUAGUCGCUGCGCUGGGAGAGUCGAGGUGCUUCACAACCAGCAGUGGGGAACCGUGUGUGAUGGCAGCUGGGACUUGUCUGAGGCUGAAGUAGUGUGCAGGCAGCUGGGUUGUGGGACGGCGCUAUCAGCACCACGUGGGGCUCGGUUUGGACAAGGAUCUGACCGUGUGUGGCUGGAUGAGGUUCAGUGCACAGGGACAGAAGCUACCCUCACCGAAUGCAAGGCUAAGCCUUGGGGAGAGCAUGGCUGUAACCCCGGAGAAGAUGCCAGUGUUGUGUGCUCAGAUCAGGGCCAGCUGAGGCUUCAGCUGACGAAUGGCCCAAGCCCCUGCUCCGGGCGAGUGGAGGUGCUGAUUAACAACACCUGGGGUGCCGUGUGUGACGCUGGCUGGGGCCUGCCGGAGGCGGGGGUGGUGUGCAAGCAGCUGGGCUGCGGCCCGGCGCUGUCAGCCCCGGGGGUUGCUCAGUUUGGCCACGUGGCCGGCGACAUCUGGCUGGAGGGUGUGAGCUGCUCGGGCCAGGAGUCUCUCAUCAGCGAGUGCCAGCUGAGCCGGCUGGGUCCCGGGUUGUGUGGCCGUGGCUCCGAGGCCAGCGUGGUGUGUGCCGGGCAGGCCGGCCUUGGGAUACUCUACUAUGUGCUCCUCGGCCUGGGUGCCCUCGUGGUGCUGAUCUGCGGGGCCCUGCUCUGCUGGAGGAUGCGUCGGAACAGAGCUGCUGGGAACCCUCUGGGCCAUGUGCAACUGGAGGAGGUGAGGGCUCCAGGGACCCCACCCUGGUCCCAGGGAGCGGCAAAUCCAAAGCCCUCCGAGGAGCCCGACAGCGAGAUGACCUGGCUAGUGAGGGAAGACGUGGUGCUGUGAGAGCCGCGUGCCACCGGGCUGGGCUGGGCUCAGCCUGCAGUGAGACGGGCCAAUGGGAUCCUGCACAGAGCUCCCCCAUUACCAUCCCCAACUGCCUUGGAAGCCUCCUCUGCUCCAUCCCCCCUGCCCCCACCCCGCCCCAAAGCUUUCCCUGGUGCAGGGCCCACGCCCAUCCCUGAGCAGCCUGUGCCCAGCCAUGCAGACAGGAUGUGGUGCACCCUGCAGAACCAUUGUCAGGUGCACAGAGACAGCCGGCUCCUUCCCCACAAAGCAUCCACCCCCACAUGCAGACGAGCUAUGGGGAGAGACUGACUAUGGGUGUCUGUCUGUGCCCAAUGUGCCAGGCCCUGUCUGUCUGUCUGUGCCUGAUGUGCCAGGCCCUGUCCGUCUGUCUGUGCCUGCUGCUCCAGGCCCUGUCUGUCUGUGCCCGAUGCCCCCUGAGCUCAGGGUGCUAGGCCCAGUUUGUCUGUGCCCAAUGCACUCUGAGCUUGGGGCACCAGGCCCAUCUCUCAGUGCAGCAGCCAGCCCAGGCCCCCAGUAAAUGAUCGUUACUGUUUCUAGUAUGUAGAUAAGGUGCAGAACUAAAUGCAGCUGCAUGAUGGUGCCUUGUUUAUUGGAAAGGAAUGGGCCAGGUUACAGAUCCAGAGAGCUCCCCUCUAACCUUCCCACCGCCACCCUGUCCUUGUGCUGCAUAAACACCCGGCAGUGAUAUUACACAGCUAGACUCGGAGACAGCAGCUGCAUCCAGGCACCAGCCCUGUUGUGCAUUUCACUGCAAUGUGCAGGUCAGCCUGAAUCAUCAUGAUGGUCCCUUCUGGCCUUAACGUCUAUAGCUCGAUGGAAUUGUGUGUAUAAUGAUAAUGUAGCACUAUCAGCAAGUCAUCCUCUUCCUUCACUGGGGGUGAAAUUAGCAGAGCCCUGCAUGGAUACAAAAUUUGUAUCUGCAUCCAAGCCGCAACCCGCAAAAAUGAUCCAGGGCUCUCGGUGGCUAUAAAGCAGAUAUACGCGAGCGAGCAUUAGGUACGUCCAUCUUUCCACAAGGGGCCAACACUUGUGAGACACUUUCUUAGCAGAUGCGUCAAAAGUCUAUUGGCCUCUGCCUAGGUAGGGUGACCAUAGUUCAGGUUCCCCCAAGGAGGAC